AUUGUCAAUUUGUCAUUCACUUUGUGCGAUUUGCUGUUGAUCACAUAUUUUUACUUUCGAAUUUUUAAUUUUUCCAGGUUAAUUCAGUAAUAACAAUGAAGUCCUACAUUCUCAUACUGUCAUUGUUUAUUGCUUCAAUACAAUGUUACUCUGAAUCGGACAUUAUUUCUGCAAGGAUAGAGACGUGCCGCGGCUGCUCGCUGAACCGGCUGCCGCAGGUGAAGCAGUUCGUGAUGCAGGACGCGCCGCAGUAUGAGCGGCUGGAGGUGAAGUUCAUCACGGGCGCCGCCCCCGAGCUGGUGCUGCUCGGAGACGCGGACCAGGAGCUGGAGCGCCUGCCGCUGUCGCAGCUGUCCCGCGACGAGUGCAAUGACCUCGUCAAGAGCAAGGGCUUUGAGAAGAAACCAACCAAAUCAGAGUUCUAAGUUUGUAAUUGUGAUUUAGAUUAUGUAGGUGUUGGUCAAGAUUUAAACGCUAAGCCGAGUUAAAUACUUACGUAAAUAUUUCAUAACGCCCAUGCUCCAAUUGAAGGACUGUCAAUAAUCCUUCCUACUCCCACUUAAGUAAAAUCAAUUAUUAUGAUGGGUGUUUUGGUGUUAAAUGUAUUUUUUCUAUGUGAUAUCAAUACCGAUAAGCCACAUUUAGAUUUUAAUUUAUGAACAAAGUUUGUGUAGUAAAUGUACAUUCCAGAAUGAUGUUUUCAUCAAAUUAAGACUUCUAGGUAGUUAUUGUAAAUGUGUAAUGAUUUUCCGAAAUAAAAAGAAGUUUUUGAUUUAA